CAAUAAUGGGCUUUGGCUAACAAGCCACUUUAUUUUCUGAAUCUGAGGACUGAAGGCCGGGAAAGGGAUUUAGGUUCCUUGGCUGCAAAUAGGGAAGUAGAAGAUCUUGACAAACGUGUAUAAUAAUACAACGUGCUUUUAAGACUAUAUUUGAUUGAGGAUUGUGAUUCUUCAUCGUGUGUGAGGCGUGAUUCUUUGUCGUACAUGAGUGAGUCGUGGUCAAAGGGAGAGAUGGAAGAUCGCAACAGGUGAGGUUUUUGAACAAUUGACUUGAUCGUUUGUUGUGAUAAUUGUUUCGUUUCCCAUUUGCAGGGUCAUUAAAGAUGCCAUCAAACAAUCCCUACAACUUGGGCAACACAGUGUCUCGAAAGCUGAACUCAAUAAUGAAAAUGUGGAGAUCAAAUUGUACUCUGUAGUCUGUACUAUUUCAUUGCCACUCCCACGUCAUUAUCAGAUUCCAUCUAUAGAACUGCCAAAAAAAAAAAAUCAUGUGAAUUGAUUAGACAAGCCCACAAUAUAACGCUUCUCCUCUCCUACUAGUUGUUUCUCUUUGUCUGCAAAAUUCAUACACAGAUGGUUUCCAGGGAAAGAUAAUAAGAUCAAGAGAGAAGCUUCAAAGAUACGAGAAGUAGAACCCAUCGUGAUGUCUCUUGGGAGUGUUAUCCACGUUAGCAAAAAAAUGUAAAGCAUGAAACAGAGUGUGGUUCACAUCUGUUUUUCCUGUUCUGCUUUGGACUUGAAGGAUUAUAAUAAAUGAAUAAUCAAUAAUAAAUAAUAACUUUUGGGAUAUUUGUUUAGUGGCUUUCAAAGUGGAAGAAGUCUAGGGAGGGAGCGGUUGAGAAGUGAGGGAACGGUACAGUGGGAAAAUACUCUGGAAGCCACGUUUCCUGUAAUUGACGCUGCUGACAAAGUCCAAAAACGAUUUUUAGUAAAGAAUACAACACAGGGAAGAAUAAGGCAUAUUUUCUUGGUUUGAUUGAGAUCCAGAAGAGAAGAAUCUCUUAGAUUAGAUAUCUCAUAUAAAGGGAAUGGAAGGAUUGGAUGGGUUGAUAGAGAGGCUUUUGGAAGCGAGGAAAAACAGAGGCAAGAGGAUUCAGUUAAUUGAGUCUGAAAUUCGCAACCUUUGUGUCACUGCCAAAGAAAUCUUCCUCAACCAACCUAACCUUCUUGAGUUGGAAGCUCCCAUCAAUGUUUGUGGGGACAUACACGGGCAAUAUCCAGACCUGUUGCGAUUGUUCGAGUACGGAGGUUUUCCGCCGCAAUCGAACUACCUGUUCCUCGGAGACUACGUGGACAGAGGAAAACAGAGUAUUGAAACCAUAUGUCUUCUUCUCGCCUACAAGAUCAAAUUCCCAGAAAACUUCUUCCUCCUCCGAGGAAAUCACGAAUGUGCCUCCAUCAACAGAAUCUACGGAUUCUACGACGAGUGCAAGAGGAGGUUCAGCGUUCGACUCUGGAAGAUCUUCACCGAUUGUUUCAAUUGCCUUCCAGUCGCGGCGGUGAUCGACGACAAGAUCCUGUGUAUGCAUGGCGGUCUGUCGCCGGACAUGGAGAACAUGAAUCAGAUUAAGGAAAUAGAGAGGCCAGUGGAUGUGCCGGAUCAGGGAUUGUUGUGCGAUCUCCUUUGGGCGGAUCCAGACAGAGACAUCAAAGGUUGGGGGGAGAAUGACAGAGGAGUGUCGUUCACUUUCGGAGCUGAUAAGGUUGCGGAGUUCUUGAAGAAGAAUGAUCUGGAUCUCAUAUGUCGGGCCCACCAGGUGGUGGAGGAUGGGUAUGAAUUCUUUGCAGAGAGACAACUAGUGACCAUAUUCUCAGCACCAAACUACUGUGGAGAAUUCAACAAUGCAGGAGCUCUCAUGUGUGUUGAUGAGACAUUACUCUGUUCCUUUCAGAUUCUCAAACCUUGGAGAGGAAAAGCCCCACCACUUGAAUAACCUUUGUCAUUAGUUUCUUCUUUUUCUUUUUCUUAUCUUCAAAACCACUCACAUCUCACUGCACUUCACUUUCUCUCCCACCUCUUUGAUGCAUAAAUAAUUAAACCCAGGUGGGGUUUGAUGUAAAGUUCCUCCAAAUCCACAAGUUUAUUUAUUAAUUAUUAUGUUGUUUUCAAUUAAUUAAUUAGGGUUUUUGCUAAUUGCAAGCUUGGUGACUCCACGUAGUGUGCAUUGGAAUAGAUCCAGAGAAAAAACAAUAGUGGGCAUGAAGGAUAGAUGUAGAUUUUCUUUUAUUUAUAUUUAUAUAGUCAUACUCGUUUAUAUGAUCACUUGUUUUUUUUUUUGGCCAAUAUAUGUUCACUUGUUCAUUCUUCAUGAAUGUAUGAAUGUAGAGAAUUUCAUUUGAUUUGGUAGUCAGUAAUGUACAAGUUUAUUCAUUGUGAUGUUCCCAAAA